UGUUACAUCGUAUUUGAGUGAGGUUUGAGGUUAAGGUUUCAGAGUAAACAAUUACUAUAAGCCUAGGCCUAUCAAUGCAGUAUUUUGAUUCAGUUUUGUUUAAGGCAAGCUGCUAUUGGAAUAGAUCAGAGUUUUUAUUUUAGUAGAACAAUGAACAGAACGUAUUCCAGAAAGAAACCAGGAACUAUGACCGAGAAAACAUCAUCACCUGCUAUGAAUAAGGAAUCACUUCCAAGCAGGACCAAAGUUCCACUUGACGAUGAGGAGGAGACUAAACAUUUCCAAAGAGUUGUUGCUGCCUUUGAAAGUUACAAGUCACAUUUGUCCCAGAAAAUAACUGUUACAAAGCAGUUACUUGAGUCAUUGCCUGACCACCAACAACAUCUUUUAAGAAACUAUAAAGGAAGUUUUUCUGAGCUUGGAAGAUGUGUCGAGCAUAAUCAAAAUCUUCUAGAUUUCAUAAUAAAAGAUGUAGAAUAUAUGUUUGAGAACACAAAUCCAAGUGGUUUAAAUGAGCCCAAUGGCCCGAAGCCUUCAGUGAUGGAUAUAGAACGUGUCCAAACUACACUGAAACAGUUUGUCAGAGACUGGAGUGAGGAAGGGAAAUCAGAGCGCAAUGCUUGUUAUCAACCAAUUGUGGAUGAAGUAGUAAACAAUUUCCCACCUGCCUCUUGCAAUACCCAAUCAAUCAAAGUGUUGGUCCCAGGUUCUGGUCUUGGAAGGUUGGCUUUUGAAAUAGCACAUCGAGGCUACACAUGCCAGGGGAAUGAGUUUUCGCUUUUUAUGCUUUUUGCAUCAAAUUUUGUCUUGAACAGGUGCAAUGGAGUGAACCUGUACAGUGUGUAUCCAUGGAUACAUCAAGUGGAAAAUAACAUGACAGCUGAUCACCAGAUGCAACAAGUUUAUUUUCCUGAUAUCAAUCCAAACUCCCUUCUCAAAAAUGGAGCCUCGCAGUUUACAAUGGCCGCAGGAGACUUCCUGGAGAUUUAUCAAAAUCCCGAGGACUGGGACUGUGUUGCCACUUGCUUUUUCAUUGACUGUGCCAACAAUGUUGUGGACUUCAUUGAAAAGAUUUAUGACAUUCUUAAGCCAGGAGGAGUUUGGAUCAAUUUGGGUCCUCUUUUGUACCAUUAUAGCAACAUGACCGGAGAGUUCUCUAUUGAGCCACCUUACAGUGUUGUCAAAGAGGUCAUUACUGAAGUAGGAUUCGUUAUUGAGAAAGAAGAAGUUGGAUUGAAAACGAAGUACGGGCAAAACCCUCAUUCCAUGCUUCAGUACGAGUACCGUAGUGUAUUUUUUGUUUGUAGAAAACCUACAGAUCAAUACCAGUUGACCAGGGAGGAUAAUACCAAUCAUACUAUAACAAACCCGUCUGUUAUAGUAUGAUUGAUAUUACAUCAUACCCCAGCAGUAAGUGGGUGUAUGAGAGUAGGGCAGAGAGCUUAGCAAAUAUAACUUGGAAAGCAUAAGAGGACUAAUUACCAAUUACCAGAUCUCUUUGAAACUGGUUGUACAACAGAAAUGACAUUUGUAUUAUAACAUACUUACAGAUAUUGGCAAUCGAAAUAUGUUGCAGUUUAAUUUAUUUGCAUUAUCAUAAAACAUUAAAAUGAAUGUCUUGCAAAAUACACAGGAUGUUAAGUUUUAGAUAAACCAGUCCUGGCUUUGUCAAAAUGAUUCAUUUGAGAAGAAUUAUUAUUUUAGUUAUUUUCUGUUUUAAAAGAUCUAGUGCUCGUGUUACGUUGAAAACAAUGAUCAAAUUUGUUUAUGGAUUAUUCUUAGUAACUUAGUUUUAUUUCAUUAUUUAAUUUGUUUGGUCAAAAAUUUGUUGUCCAUCACCCAGCAGAGUGUACAAUUUGUGUUCUUAUUGUUAUUUAAUUGUUUUGUGGGUGAUAUGUGUUACAAUUUGUUAACUAAGAUACGCCUUAAGUUAAAGUUAUGAAGUUAAGAAGAUUAUGUUUUAAAUAUCUCAUAAGCAAGUUUCUGUUUUUUAAUGUGUGAGUUUUAAGAAUAUUUAUUUACUUGUAGAUUUUAAACCAAUAAAAUAAACUCCUUCUAACUGCA